AUGAUGACCGGGGUGCCAACUCCGUAUAUUCCGACAGAGGGCAGCUUCCUUUUCACGUCGGAAAGCGUGUCGGAGGGGCAUCCGGAUAAGAUUUGCGACAUCAUUUCUGACAGUAUUCUCGAUGCUUAUCUCCAAAAAGAUCCGGAUUCCAAGGUUGCGUGUGAAACCGUCACAAAAACCGGAAUGAUCUUGCUGUGCGGAGAGAUCACUUCGAAGGGCCAUAUCGACUAUCAGAGAGUCGUCAGGGAUACCGUACGAGAUAUUGGAUAUGACGAUUCGUCAAAAGGCUUCGACUACAAAACCCUGAGCCUGCUAAUCGCCCUCGAUCAGCAGUGUCCGGAAAUUGCAGCCGGAGUUCAUGUCGGGAAGUCGGAUGAUGAUGUUGGGGCUGGGGAUCAGGGCCUAAUGUUCGGGUACGCUACCGACGAGACUGACGAAGCCAUGCCGCUGUCUCUACUUUUGGCGCAUCAGCUAAUGGCCCGCCUACAUCAACUCCGAAGGUCUGGCAUCCUGGCCUGGUCGUUGCCAGACUCGAAAAGCCAAGUGACCGUUGAGUACAGGCUGGAUCGUGGCGCUUGUGUCCCAGUACGAGUUCAUACAGUCGUAAUCUCGGCACAGCACACCGAGAAGGCAGAGCUCGAAGAUGUUCGAAAGGAUCUGAUCGAGCACGUCAUAAAAUCGGUGAUCCCGCAGCGAUUGUUGGAUGAGCAGACCCGGUACUACUUGAACCCGUGCGGUCGCUUUCAUAUCGGGGGUCCGAUGGGUGAUGCCGGGCUGACGGGGAGAAAGAUUAUCGUCGAUACGUACGGUGGCUGGGGCGCCCAUGGAGGAGGGGCAUUCUCGGGCAAAGAUCCGACCAAGGUGGAUAGGUCGGCUGCCUACGGGGCUCGUUGGGUGGCAAAAUCCCUGGUGAAAGCCGAAGUGUGUCGUAGAUGUCUUGUUCAGGUAUCUUACGCCAUCGGAAUGGCUGAUCCACUCUCCGUGACGGUCAUUUCAUACAACACCUCGCCGCUGACCGAAGAAGAACUGUUGACGAUCGUCCGCGAUAACUUUGAUCUGCGACCUGGCAGACUGAUCAAGGAGCUCGGCCUAAAGAAGCCAAUCUACAAGCAGACCGCCAGGAAUGGUCAUUUUGGACAUCAGGAUUUUGCGUGGGAGCGACCGAAGCAACUUGUUAUUCGCCCGGAACUGGCCAAGAAACUGCUCGAGCAAAAGGGAAGCGGCGUCGGUUCGUAUCAGGGA